AACGAGCUUAGUUUGAACGAUAACCUUGUGCGGCGAGCUUAUGUUCGGACAUUUGCUCUUCACGGCACUUGUUUGUGCUUAUGAAACAAGUGGUACUAACGACUGUCUUAGGUCUUCCGGGAAGUGGGAAAAGUACAUUGUGUGAACGUCUGCAUCAGUUAGAAACAAACGAUUGUUCAGUUAUAUGGCUAGAAUAUGAUCAACUUGUUCCAGUACAAAUACUCUCUCUGAAAGCAAACAAUUCUGAUUGGAAGGACUGGCGUCAAGCUGUUGUUGGUUGUUUGGAGAAACUGUUAGCUAUAUGGAAGGGGUUCGACAUCAUACAUGAUUUGAGUGAAAAGGAGAAAGUUAUUUGGUUGAGGAUAAACAUAUACUCUACUCUAGAUACAAAGGACAUCAUAGUUUUAUUAGACGACAAUUUCUACUACUGUAGUAUGCGUCGUUCAUUCUAUAAUUUAGCAAAAAAGUAUUCAUGUAGUUAUGCAUCAAUAGUUUGUAGAUGUGCGAUAGAUACUUGUAUUCUUAGAAAUCGCGCCAGGCCAAGUCCAGUUCCAGAUGAUAUUAUCCAUAAGAUGGAGAGAAAAUUCGAAUGGCCCGAUCCAGUUAACAAUUUAUGGGAGAAGCAUACAAUCACAAUCAAUUCACUUCAAGAGAAUGUACAUAGUCCAUUCAGUUUGCUUAGUUUCUUAAAACUGUUGUUAAACCAACCGAUUAUAAAUGAAGAUUCUGUAAAAGAUGAGGAGAAAAACAGAAGCAAGCGUAUUAAUCUAGACAGUUUACUCCAUAAUGUGGAUAUUCACUUGAGAAAAGUCACAAAUCACAUAAUUAGAUCUAAAGAUCGUUUGUGGAGAACUCAGUAUGCAAAAAUGGCGUCGGAUAUUAAAGCACAGUGUUUGCAAGAACUGCACAAAACCAUAUCCGGAGGAAAUAGUAUUUGGACAGUUGAAAACUGUCAACAGUUUGCAGAAGAACUGUUUUAUGAGAAACUUGAUGAGGUUCUUAAUAAGAAAGCAACAGCUGGUUAAAAACAAAUUACCUGAAAUAUAGUUGUAGAAAAAUAAUUGUAUGAGUACUGGAGUAUACUUUAAGAUGCCCAGCAUUGUAAUCCAUGUUAUCACACUUAUUUUCUUAUAGAUACUUUUUCCAUAGGUUUAAUUUGCCAUGAUAUAAAUGUAUUUCAUUGACAAUGUAGAAGUGACUACGUUUUUCCUAAUGUUUACCUUUUCAUCUUAUUCUGUAAAUGAAAUAUUAAGUUACUAACUAAUCGAUUUAUUAAGAAGUUCCACGUUUGUUUUUAUUUAUCAUGCAUACUGAGGUGAAAUACUAAUCAACUAAUAAAUGAAUGGUCGAAUUGCUGAUAAUGAUCACAACGUAUACGUUAUUGCAUUGCGUUGGAUCAGUUUCGAACUCGGAGUUCAGUGAUUGAAGUCAGUUUCACAAAGCAGUAAACCUUAGUUCUUUAACUGACUUCAUAAGUCGUCCAAAGAUCAUUGGUAUCUAUUGUAAUUAAUCAUUGAAGGUCGUGUGUAUAUUUCCAACUCUUCAUGGAUUGAUCUUGUACCUUAAAGUUUUUUUGGAUUGGAAUCAAAUGUAUAACUUACUGAACCAGUUAUUUUUGUUAACUGCUACACUUUAAAUCGUAC